AUGGACGGGUUCACAGUGCCCGACUUCCAAGUGUCGCAAGACGCUGACCACGUCUAUAUCGAUGUAUCGUGUCAGUCGAACGCCGCCGGGAUGCCCAACAUCGCCGUCGAGGGGCGGAUCUUUGGGUUCCACCUCGACCCAUACUACUUGCCGCUUGUUCUGACGGGCGCAGUGACGCGUCCUGACUCCGAUGCAGAGGCUCUACGCAUCAGUGCACAAGACGACACCUCACGGAUCAGCAGCUCACAAAGCCGAGGCACAGCGUUCCGAGUGACGCUCAACAAGAUCAAUCGAGGCGAGCGCUUCGAAGGAUUGGAGCAGGUGCAGCCACAAUUGCUACCGGAGGACCAGCUCAAGCAAGCGCUCGUCGAUGCCGAACAGUCGAAAGGCUUCUUCCAGCCACCGAGUGGCGAUGGGACGGGAAGCGUCGACGUCGGAUUGUCGGCGGGUAACAGUGCGGCAGUGGACGAGGCGGCGAAAGCGUUGUUGCAGCAAGCGCUCAAGAGCCAAGGACUGACGACGAUGAACGACGACGGUGGAGAAGCGGCGAUGAGUUUAGAUGCAUCCUCGGAGAUGGCCAAGGCGGGGCCGAGCACUGGAGGGCUUAGCUGGGGAUUCGGGUGGAAGAGCACCUUCAAGGGAGCAUUGGUUCCGGCAGGAUGCGCAGAUACACGCAACGUGCUCGAAGUGUCGGAUCCAGGUUCGGUCGAGCCAGGACAGCGCGAGCAGGCGGCGACAGCGUUCGAAGAGCAGCGUUGGGACGAGGGCAUCUACAUGGACAACUUUCUCGAUAUCGACGGCGAGCUCGCGCACCUGAUGCAAUUCCAGCCACGCAUUCCUUCAAGUACGGCCUCGAGUAAACCAUCGAUUGAGGAUCACGCUGUCGACGUCGAGGCUUUGGCAUUGCUACUGCAGCUGCUGUUCGCAUACAGCUACGAUGAACGCACCAACGAAGGCGAUCCCACUGUCGAGUCCGGCUGGACCAUCGUCAAGCUCUCGCGUUCGCUCGCCGCCUCAACGCUGCCCUCCACGCCUCCUGGCGCUCCUCUUGAAUCCGUUGUAUCGUCGACACUGAUCGGAUGCGUACGUCGCGCCCUCACCGUCCCGCUCUACCGACACUGGGAGCUCGCCCUAGCGUGUAUCCACGACGCGCUGCGUCGACUCGAUGCCGGCGAAGCUUGCGUGCGUACGUGCCUCGAUCAGAUCGCUUCCCGACUGGAAGAGGGAGAAGACGUGAUCCUGUGUCGUCUCUCCGAAAUUUGGUUGGCUCCGUUGAUCGCCCAUCUGCCGACUCAGGCUCAGUCGGAGGCGUUGGCCGCGUGCAUCCGAAGAGUGAUGCAGCAAGAGGAUGGUGUCACCAAGGAGAGCGUUGGUGGCGAACGGUGGGAUUUGCAAGUCUUGGAACAGGCGGCAAAGCAGGCACUGGAGGACGGAGAAGGUGGGUUUGUUUAG